GUCAUCUCCGGGCGCCGAGGGUGACUGGACUUGUGGUGCGCUUCCAGGGCUCCGCAGCGUUGCCGGUUGUGUUCGCUGGAUACCAGAGGGCGGAAGUGCAGCAGGGUUCGGCGCCGACCUCCGCGCCGGUGCUUUUUGCGGCUGCGCGGGCUUUCUGGAGUCCUGCUACCGCGUCCCGGCAGGACACUGUGUCAGGCGGGCAGCUUGCCCCGCCGCCCCACCGGAGCGCGGAAUCUGGGCGUCCCCACCAGUGCGGGGAGCCGGAAGGAGGAGCCGUCGCUACAAGUAGGUUUGGCUUUGGUUGAAAUAAGAAUUUAGCCUGUAUGUACUGCUUUAACUACUGGAAGAAUGACAGAUGACAAAGAUGUGCUUCGAGAUGUGUGGUUUGGACGAAUUCCAACUUGUUUCACGCUAUAUCAGGAUGAGAUAACUGAAAGGGAAGCAGAACCAUACUAUUUGCUUUUGCCAAGAGUAAGUUAUUUGACGUUGGUAACUGACAAAGUGAAAAAGCACUUUCAGAAGGUUAUGAGACAAGAAGACAUUAGUGAGAUAUGGUUUGAAUAUGAAGGCACACCACUGAAAUGGCAUUAUCCAAUUGGUUUGCUGUUUGAUCUUCUUGCAUCAAGUUCAGCUCUUCCUUGGAACAUCACAGUACAUUUUAAGAGUUUUCCAGAAAAAGACCUUCUGCACUGUCCAUCUAAGGAUGCAAUUGAAGCUCAUUUUAUGUCAUGUAUGAAAGAAGCUGAUGCUUUAAAACAUAAAAGUCAAGUAAUCAAUGAAAUGCAGAAAAAAGAUCACAAGCAACUCUGGAUGGGAUUGCAAAAUGACAGAUUUGACCAGUUUUGGGCCAUCAAUCGGAAACUCAUGGAAUAUCCUGCAGAAGAAAAUGGAUUUCGUUAUAUCCCCUUUAGAAUAUAUCAGACAACGACUGAAAGACCUUUCAUUCAGAAGCUGUUUCGUCCUGUGGCUGCAGAUGGACAGUUGCACACACUAGGAGAUCUCCUCAAAGAAGUUUGUCCUUCUGCUGUUGAUCCUGAAGAUGGGGAAAAAAAGAAUCAAGUGAUGAUUCAUGGAAUUGAGCCAAUGUUGGAAACACCUCUGCAGUGGCUGAGUGAACAUCUGAGCUACCCGGAUAAUUUUCUUCAUAUUAGUAUCAUCCCGCAGCCAACAGAUUGAAGGAUUAACUAUUUGCCUGAACAGAAUCAUCCUUAAAUGGGAUUUAUCAGAGCAUGUCACCCUUUUGCUUCAAUCAGGUUUGGUAGAGGCAAUCUGACCAGAAACACUUCGCUGCUGCAAGCCAAACAGGAAAAAGAUUCCAUGUCAGAUAAGGCAAUUGGGCUGGUCUUACUUUGCAUCACCUCUGCUUUCCUCCACUGCCAUCAUUAAGCCUCAGCUGUGACAUGAAAGACUUACCGGACCACUGCAAGUCUUCUGUAAAAUAUAAUGAAGCUGAAACCUUUGGCCUAAGAAGAAAAUGGAAAUAUGUGCCACUCGAUUUGUAUUUCUGAUUAACAAAUAAACAGGGGUAUUUCCUAAGGUGACCAUGGUUGAACUUUAGCUCAUGAAAGUGGAAACAUUGGUUUAAUUUUCAAGAGAAUUAAGAAAGUAAAAGAGAAAUUCUGUUAUCAAUAACUUGCAAGUAAUUUUUUGUAAAAGAUUGAAUUACAGUAAACCCAUCUUUCCUUAAUGAAAAUUUCCUAUGUUUACAGUCUGUCUAUUGGUAUGCAAUCUUGUAACUUUGAUAAUGAACAGUGAGAGAUUUUUAAAUAAAGCCUCUAAAUAUGUUUUGUCAUUUAA